CAAGUCGUGCGCCAAGGCAGCCUAUUAUUUAACGUUUUGAAGCAGUCGACAGAGCUGUGGUGUUUUCACGUGAAGAUGAUGACCCUGGUGUUUACCAGCAUUUUAGCAGGACUGUUGGCUCUUCUGUGCUACCAGAGGAUGAGUUAUCCCUUCUUCUUGGUGGAUUUGAUUUAUUACUUGAAACUUCGGGGGUACAGAAAAACGCUGGAGGCUCGUAUGCAGCGAGGGACCGUCACGUACCUCGACUGUUUUAUCUAUCAAGCGAAGAAGAACCCGAACAAACCCUUCAUUAUCUUCGAAAACCAGAUUCUGUCAUACCAGGACGUGGACAGGAGAAGUAAUCAGUUUGCCAACGCGUUCAGGUCUGAGGGCUCUUUGAAAAAAGGAGACAUUGUUGCUCAGUUGAUGUGCAACGAACCAGAUUUCGUAUGUGUGUGGUUGGGACUGUGUAAACUGGGAUGUGAAGUCGCCUUUCUCAACGUCAACAUUAAAGCCAAACAUCUGCUUCACUGCUUUCAGAGCUGUGGGGCCAAGACUCUUGUUGUUGGCGCAGACUUGGUGCAUUUGGUGGGAAAGGAGGUGCUGCCUGAUCUGAAGAAGGACAAUGUGGCUGUGUGGGUGGUGGAUCACACAUCACCCUCUGAGGAUUUCCACAGUUUACUAGAUAAAGUGGAACACAUGUCUGGAGAAACCUUAAGUGAACUUCCUAAAGUUGACAUUAUGUCAAACUUCCUCUUCAUUUUUACUUCGGGCACCACAGGUCUUUCCAAGGCAGCCCGUGUAGGUCAUAUGAAAGCCAUUGUAAGUAUGGCCUUCUUUCAAAUGUGUGGAGCAACAUCUGAUGACAUCAUCUAUAUCACUCUUCCUCUUUACCACAUGUCUGCCUCCCUGUUAGGGAUUGGAGGGUGCAUACACCUUGGGGCAACUUGUGUAUUAAAAAAGAAGUUUUCUGCCAGUCAGUUUUGGAAGGAUUGUGUCAAACACAAUGUGUCUGUGGUGCAGUACAUAGGAGAGCUCUGUCGAUACCUGGUCAACCAUCCUGUGGUUCCAGAGGAGAGAGCUCACAGUGUACGGCUGGCAGCAGGAAGUGGUCUCAGGUCAGAUGUGUGGAAGGAGUUUGUCAAACGAUUUGGUGGGAUCAAGAUCAGAGAGGGUUAUGGCUUGACUGAGGUCAGCAUUGGCUUUCUCAACUACACUGAUGAGGUCGGGCCAAUUGGGAGGGCAAGCUAUUUCAACAAGCUUUCUAUCCCUUUUGAGCUCCUUAGAUAUGAUCCACAGACGUACGAGCCAGUCAGAACAGACUCUGGGAGAUGCAUACGAGCUCAAACAGGGGAGGCAGGGAUCCUGGUAGCUCCUCUGACAGCUACAAACCAGUUUCUGGGCUAUGCUGGUGACAAGGUCCAGGCUGAGAAGAAGCUGCUGAAGGAUGUAUUUAAAGCUGGAGACCUAUAUUUCAACACCGGAGACCUACUGCUCCACGAUCACAGGGACUUCUUGUACUUUUGUGACCGCGUCGGAGACACCUUCAGGUGGAAAGGAGAGAAUGUAUCAACUACAGAAGUGUCGGAGGUUUUAGGUCUUCUUGAUUUUAUCCAGGAGGCCACUGUCUACGGAGUUACCAUACCAGGAUAUGAGGGUCGAGCAGGUAUGGCUGCCGUUGUCUUAAAAAAGGAUCAGAAAUUAAAUGGAACAAAACUCUACAACCAUUUAGUAAAAACACUUCCUGCAUAUGCCUGGCCGUGGUUUCUCAGAAUACAGACAUCUCUGGAUGUGACGGAGACCUUCAAGCAGCUGAAGGUGAAGCUGGUCCAAGAGGGUUUUAAUCUGGACAUUACCCAGGACCCUCUGUAUUUCUUAGAUAUCUCUCAGAAGGACUAUAUUCCCUUGACUGUAUCUAUAUAUCAAGACAUUGUGUCGGGAAAGAUCCAUUUAUAAACAUUUUAGCACUUGUUAAUUCAGUACAGACAGGUUUCUACAGCUUGUUUAAUGACAUUGAUAUUCCACAUCACAGCCACAUUUCCAUUUGUCUGUACUUAAAUCCCUCUGUCGUGAUUGCCACCACAGUGAAGGGUUCCCAGUUAUUAAACUGCAAACCCUUAAAAUAAAGCUGCACCUACUCGGGACCUCUUCUCGCAGUUUGCAUGUCUAACUGUGAACAAUUUAACCAACAACUGAUUCUUCAGUCUCAGAUUGUUUUGAUUAAUGUAUAUCAGCCUGAAGAGCAGCCCAUAGUUUGGAUUUCCUUUCUGUUGCAUACAGUGUUACAUUUUCAGUUACUGGCUAGAAUCAUUCAUACUGGCCAUGGCCAUUAUUUGAAAGCUUUUAUUUUGUGUGCGGACUUUUCUUUAAGUGUGUAUGUUAUGUACAUUUUUAAUGCUUGGGAGAAAUGGGGUUUUCUGGAUGGAUACGUUUAUACUUCUUUGUUAAGAAGGAGUAUUAGUACAAAUUAACCCUACAAGGUAACAGUAAAUAAAUUAACCAUUCUCCACAUAGUGGUUUUAAGAUGGAAAUCUUAAAUUCAAAACUUUGGGAAAAAAAUUGUGUAUUACAACAACUUUUUAACUUUGGAACUGAGUAAAAUGUAAGAGAAGAUGUAUAGAAAAUGAUACCUCUGACCAGUUUUACCAUAAUUGCUGUAAUGCAUUUUGUGAUCUGGAAAGGACUGACAUUUGAAAAUCUAUAGAAGUUGUAGCCAUGUUGUUAAUACUGUAAAUCUGGGGGGUAAAAAUGGUUGAGGUUUUUAGGUAUAGUAUUUGUUCAUUUUAUAGCAGUUUAAGAAACAGGAGCCUGAGCAGGUUAUUCAGACUGGUGGAUGCAAUUUAGUGUUUAAUAAAUUAACAUGUUUGGUACUUGUUCCUCUUACAUAUGUGUUUUUGUGAAUGAACAUUCACCUUUUGCAGAAAGGUCUAGUCUCACUUAAAAUAACAAAUGAAUUUUUUUUCCUAAAUGGUAACGCAAUAGGAACCAUCCAUCUUUGCAGUGUUAAAAUGUUACCUCAGCUUAUCAAAAGCAACACACGCAGUAAUGUUGCCUAAUGGAUGUAGAUUA